UACAUACUUUCAUUACUCACUCGCACACACUUACCUUAACCCUUGUUGCUGGCCUACUUUUUUCUGCCUUUCUCUCUCCCUUCCUCACUUUCUCUCCUCUCUCGUCCGUCUUCGAUCAUCGUCAAGUUUCGUGGCCAGAACGAGCACGAGCACAGCACUGCCGGUCGUGGUUUACCGGCUCCGAAAGUCAAUCCGCUCGUCAGCGCCUCUUUUCAAUUUUUCCCUCUCCACGCCCUCGAUACUAUAUUCAUCCUCCUGCUUCUUCUCCUCCUCACCUUCACUCACCACCGGCAGCUCCCUUCUGUCCCCGCGAUAUUACACGCCCACCACCCCCGUUUCCGUGUGGCUGAGACCUCCCUCGCCCUCGACUAAACUCUAGGUCGCAUAUCCGCCAAUCUCCACCCUCGGAGCCUUCCCCACCUAUUUCGAUUUUUCACCACCACCCCGCCCACGGCUAUCGGAACUCAACGUCAUGGCAGACCUCAACUCGUGGGAAGACGACCCCGCCGCCCAGGAUGACAGUCUUUCAAGACAGACCCAUCAGAUGAACCUCAACAACCAGCCUCAGAAUCCGACUGCGCCCACUUUCCGACCGGGCGCCGCAUCUUUCCAGCCCACCGCUCAGUCCUUUCAGCCUGGCCAAGCGUUCAGCGGCGGUUAUAUGCCCAACUACCAGCAAGGUUAUUACGGAGGCCAGAACUAUUACCCGCAGUACGGAGGAGCGCAACCCGGCUAUAACCAGUACGGCCAGGGUUAUGGUGGCGUCUAUGGCCAAGGCGGGUACAACCAAGGAUAUGGCCAACAGCAAUACGGCCAAUUCCAACCACCCCAGUCCCAACCCCAAUCUCAGUCGACGCCCAAGCCACCGACACAGCAACCCCAAGCCGUACCUACCAUUGCCAAGCGUGGUGAUCAGAACUCACCAGCUUCAGCGGCUUCUCCCGCCAGUGCCUCUAAUGUUGCCUCUCCAUCCAAUGCCCCACAGCCGGCCGCCAAACAAGAAGGAGGAGUCAAAGUCUUGAGCAUCAGUAGCGAGCCCCCGAAACCGAAAGGCGCCAAGGUCUUAUCUACCGGCGCCUCGGCGCCGCCAAAGGAUGAACCUAAACCCGAGAAGCCCGUUAAAGCGGCUGCGUCCGCCGAAGCUGGAGCGAAGGUAACCGCUACCAAAGCUAUCGAGAAAACCGGCGAAACCACCAAAGCCUCCAAAAGUUCUAGUGGAAAGACGUCUCCUACACCAUCCUCUGGACGGUCGAGCCCUUCGAGAGGCGGCAAGGGCACCCCGCGCGAUGCCGACGCCGUAGCCAACGAGCAGGCUGCCGACGUAGACGACGAGACCCUAAAGGAAAUCUACGGCAAGGAACACGUCAACAUCAUCUUCAUCGGUCACGUCGAUGCUGGCAAGUCGACACUUGGCGGCUCUAUCCUCUACGCGACUGGAAUGGUCGACGAGAGGACGAUGGAUAAAUACAAGAAGGAGGCGAAGGACAUGGGCAGAGAGACCUGGUACUUGUCCUGGGCUCUCGAUCUAACUAAGGAGGAGCGAACUAAGGGAAAGACUGUCGAGGUCGGCAGAGGGUUCUUCGAAACGGACAAGCGACGAUACAGUAUCCUCGAUGCUCCCGGCCACAAGACCUACGUCCCGAGCAUGAUUGGUGGCGCGUCGCAGGCGGAUGUCGGCAUUCUCGUCAUCAGCGCGCGCAAAGGAGAGUAUGAGACCGGAUUCGAAAAGGGCGGACAGACCCGUGAGCACGCUAUGCUUGCCAAAACGCAAGGCGUGAACAAGCUGGUGGUCGUUAUCAACAAGAUGGACGACCCAACUGUCAACUGGUCCGAGGACCGAUACAAGGAAUGCACGACAAAACUAUCUCAAUUUCUCAAGGGCACAGGGUACAACCUCAAGACCGACGUCUUCUUCAUGCCGAUUGCUGCGCAGCAGACGAUGAAUAUCAAAGAUCGCGUUCCCGAUGGCGUCGCCCCGUGGUGGAAGGGGCCUUCGCUACUCGAAUAUCUCGACAAUAUGAAAGCGCUGGAGCGCAAGACCAACGCGCCGUUCAUGAUGGCUGUCAGCGGAAAAUACAAGGACAUGGGUACCAUGGUCGAGGGCAAGAUUGAAGCCGGCGUUUGCAAGAAAGGCAUGAGCUUGAUCAUGAUGCCGAACCGAGAAAAGGUCGAGGUCACAGCGCUCUACGGCGAGGCAGAGGAUGAGAUACAGAUUGCCCAAUGUGGUGACCAAGUACGAAUACGGCUACGAGGCAUCGAGGAGGAUGAUAUCUCGGCCGGAUUCGUCCUCUGCUCUCCGAAGCGUCUAGUCCACAACGUGUCGGCCUUCGAAGCCCAGAUCAGAAUUCUCGAACUGAAGAGCAUCCUCAGCGCCGGCUUCAAUUGCGUGCUGCAUGUGCACUCGGCUGUCGAAGAGGUCACGUUUGCGGCGUUAUUACACAAGCUGCAAAAAGGGACGGGUAGAAAAAGCAAGGUUCCCCCGACCCACGCGAAAAAGGGGGAUAGCAUCAUCGCUAGAAUGGAAAUUACUGGGGGUGCUGGUUCGGUCUGCGUCGAGAAGUUCGAGGAUUAUCCUCAGAUGGGCCGGUUUACGUUGAGAGAUCAAGGUCAAACCAUUGCUAUCGGCAAGAUUAUCAAGCUUAUCGUUGACGACUCUGCCUAAAUGGCUAGGGUUAGUAGACAGGUUUUGAGAAGAUAACGGUGAAUGGGGGUUCUCCCUGCGUAACAGGGCGUACGUUGAGAUUGGACGUCAAAGUUCGAAUCCUGUACGUUGCUGGCUUGCGGAAGACGAAGAAUAGAUUCAGUUGGCAAGAUGGAACGACACGAGUUGACAAACUCGCA